AUGUGCAAGCAGGUGGAGCCAAGAGCUGUCAUGUCCAUGCUGAACGACUUGUACAGCCGAUACGACAGGAUGCUAGACCAGUACGGUGUCUUCAAGGUUGAGACUAUCGGCGACUGCUAUUUCGUGGCUGGAGGCCUUAUGCAUGAGGACGAGGAUGGCAUGGUGGCAGCCAUGCUGGAGGCCGCCAAGCAAGUGGCCCUCCCCACCAACGGCGAGCCCGUACAGAUCCGCAUUGGUAUCGCCACGGGCCCCGUGGUCAGCGGAGUGGUGGGGCAGCGGAUGCCCAGGUUCUGCCUCUUCGGCGACACGGUCAACACCGCCAGCCGCAUGGAGAGCACCGGGGUCCCGGGGGCAAUACACGUCAGCCAGUCCACGUACGAACUGCUGAAGGAUGAGGCCUGGCUGCCCACAGGGGGCAUCGAGGUGAAAGGCAAGGGGCUGAUGCAGGUAUGUACGGGUAUGUACGGGUAUGUACGGCAAGGGAAGGGAAGGGUCCCGCCGGUCAGACGGUGCUGGUGA